AUUUGUAUUAUUAUUGUUAUUAUCCAAAAAUGUAAACAGACAGGUAUAUUAUCAACAAAUCUAAACUCCUAAAAAACGCAAGGUGGUGUACCUGUAACUCUCUGCCAAUAGAGUAAGGAAUAUGAUUAAAAAUGGCCAAUGACCCAUACGAAGUCCGGCUAUUAAAGGAAAUUGAGUUUUUCCACACAGACUUGAACCGUCACAAGGCAGAGUGUAUGCUCCUACAAAAUGGUCAGCAGGGAUCAUUUCUAAUUAGGAACAGCUCCAAGCCCAACCCGAACGAAUUUGCCGUCUCAGUCAGAACGGAUGAUGCAGUAAAGAAUUUUGAGUUAUUCUGGUCGGAGGAUGGUUUCCAGUUCGGCCAUGGCACAUACUUGACUUGCGAGGAUCUGACCCGCCACUUCAGCAGCAAACCCCUGCUGGCAGGAGACUCGGGUAAAUCCAUAUUGCUGGAGCACCCCUACCCAAGGGAUGUUCUUGAGCCACAGAUCUAUGAUGCAGUGUGCGUACACGCAGAGGGGGGUAACGUGGUAGAGGACAAACACAUGCGCAACAACUACUCUAUCAAUUCCAAGGAUGGAUAUCUCACUAAACUUGGCGCUAUAUUUAAGACAUGGAAGGUUCGGUAUUGGAAGCUGCAGUCUAAUGAGCUGAAGUAUUUCAAGGACACAUCCGGGCGGCACCCAAUACGGACACUUGACCUGGACGAAUGCAAGGAUUGCAAGUUUCUGGGCAAAUUCCGCGGAAAGGAGCAUGUGUUCAGUUUAGAGUUUGGCUGGCGGACAUUUUACCUGUUUGGGAAGAAUGAUGAUGAAUCUCAAGACUGGGUGGAGAGGAUUAAGUGGAGACUGGAUAACAUGAACAAGGGGUAACCAGAGAGCCAGGCAGGGUGGUGGUGUAUCACGACCUUCAUUCUGCAGUAGGGCUCACCAGCAUCUACUCAUCAUUGUGCCAAUAUGGAUGGAAAUCAUCUAUAUUUGUUGGGAAGACAAAGAACAGCUAUAACAACAACAAAUAGCUAGAAAACAACAAUAAAAACAUUCUUUUGAUAAGAGGAUGUAAAGUAAAGAAAGACGUUGAAGAUAGUGUUUGGCAAUUCCUACUAGUCCAUAUGUAUAUAGGUACACGUCAUGACUCAUUGAGGCAUUGCAAAUGGUGUAUUUUUAACAUAUACAGAUUUAUACUAUUUUAGUGCUCAUGUUUUGAACAAUUAGUGCCUUUUCAUUUUGAUUAUAAAUCCAUUUCAGUCAUGUACAGUAUACCUUUCAUUUAUAGUUAUUCUUUAAAGUUCCACAAUUGAAAUGUUUUGUUCUUUUUACUGAAAUUUGUUCUUUUCUGAAUGUAUGUCAGAACUUUAUUGAUGUCAAAGUAUAAUCAUGUUGUUGUUGUUUUUAUUUUGAAAACAGGUUGUUGUUCCUUCUGUUCUAGUUAGCAAUAAUUUCUAUAAAUCUUUUUUUUAUUGUUAUAUAAAGUACAGUUUUUACUCUUUUUAUAAAUGUUGUAAGAGUGUGAAAUAGCCAUCUCAGGUUGCAAUAGUUCUCAGCUGCAUUUUAGAGGUCUGUUAUCAUCAAAGACAUUCAUUGUGUGUUGAGUUUUAAUGCUAAGGUAUUAUUCUGUAUUCACAUUUCUGCUGUUCUACUUUAAGCUUCAAUUUUGAAUACUUCAUUUUCUUUACAAAUGUUGUUGGCAGUAUUUUGUUCACUAUGCAAUCAAUAUUUUUACAUUGACAUUGUUGUUAUAUUUUAUAUCACCUGCCUAACAUUGCAUAGCUUGAGAGAUCAGGCCCUAUUUAAUCAACUCUACUCAUUUAACUACUUAAGAGCCUAGCAUGGUACAAAUUUUUUUUGGUUGAUUUACUUAAAUAUACCCAAUUGAGAAGAGACUUGAGAAUAUUUGAGAACUGGGGCCAGAAAUCCAUCAUACAGGAUUUAACAUCCUCACCAAACCUUUGUGUCCUGAUGGUAUAAUUGUUUUGCUUUGAUGGGUUUUGAAACGACUUGUCACACAAUAGUUUCACACAUUGAAGUGCCAUGACAGUCCAUGAGGUCCCAAUUACAGGUCAAACUUUAUGCAAGCAUACAUAUUUCAUUUCAGAACUUUUUGGAGAAAAUAUUCAAUUUGUCUCAUGUAAAUAGCAGUGAGAGAUCAAAUUGUCUGAGUUCGGCUUGUCAGGGCUGCCAUGCAUUUGGUGUUUUGAAAAUAACUUGGCACAAAUGCUCAGCAUGAGAAGACGUCAUGUUGUGUAAAAGUUCCAUAUCUUUUGGCCAAAGGUCAAGGUCAUGUUCAGUAGUCAUGGGCAAACAAUUUAUUGUAUCUUGACUUGUUUGGUCUGUAACUUGGCCAUACAUUGAGGAAUUUUCAAAUAGUUUUGCACAGAGGUUGACCCCGAGACGAUGGGUUAUACAUCAAAGUAACACAUAUGAUUUAUAUUUUUUGUAAUCAACUUGCUUAUAGUUACAUUCAGGAUCAAACAACAACCUGUCUCAGAAGAUUUACGUGAUUAUUACAGCAGUAGGCUCUAUAUCGUCAUGGCCUUUCAGCGUCAAAUAUCUGGUUUUAAUGAUUGUAUUUAUAGUAUUAGAACUUUUUUUUGUAUCUUGACAAUUGUAAUGAAUAGCAGUUGAAAUAUGUUUGUAUGACAUUUUAUCAAAAGAGGAAUUGCAGAUAGUUAUUAUUGUAUUUGAUUAGCGUUUUAAUGUUUAAUAAUUUAAAUCAGUUAGCUCAGUAGUUGAUACAGACAAUUCUCUGAUGAAUAUAAAUGGUCUGAAUUUUUUCCAGAGAAACCCGUUUUUAUACUUAUGCAAAAAGCAUUGUGUUUUUUUUCCUCUGAAUCUAUUCACCAUGGAGUUGACUCAGUGGAGCAUACAUCGUUCCAACAACAGAUUAUUUUUAUUAUAAAAAUAUUUUAACUUAUUUUAUAUUACAUAAUUGUUGUUGUUGAAAGCGAUCUCUGAAAUGCACAUGGCUUAAAAAGCCUUGUAAAAUGUAGUCAAGAUAGUGAAUCUGCCAAACUUUGUUAAAUAUGUCUUUCGUAAUAUUUUAUUUUUCCAUUUUAAUGAUAUUUAAUUUCAUAUUCAGUUUUCUGCAUUUACCAUUUUAAGAAAUUUGCAGUUUGUGUUCUAAAAUUUCUUUUUUUCUAAAGAUUUUUGUUUUAUUCAUUAUAACCUUAAAUCUUAGAUUUUUUGUUUAAAUUUGAUUAUUUGCACUUCUCAGUUAUCUCAGAUCAUAUGGUCACACAUUUCUCAAUAAUUAAUAUUUUACUGUGAUGUUGAAUACUUUUAAAUAUUUGAAACUCCAACUAUAAUGCCUAAUAAUAAGUCCGAACAUCGCAAGGAUAUUGAAUCUUUAAAAGUUGUACUACUACUGAACCAGUAGGGGAGAAGAUCAGUCGGACACUUUUUCAAGUUUUUUUUAUGUAUCCUCAACUUCUGAUUUGUUGAGAUAUUGGAUAAAAAAAAUCAGAACGGUCAACUCCAGGGCCCUGUUUCAGUAACAUUUCUAAUUUGUAAACCGUACAUAAGUGUGCUCAGGGAUACCCAUAAAGUUUAGGGCAUAAUCUAUGUGAUGAAAGUCCUUACAAUAUUUUCAUUAAAAGUUAACAUAGUGCAAGCCAAAAUUCAGGUUACGCCUUGAAAUUUAUGAUCUAGUCUUAUGAUCAUUACUGAAACAGGGCCCACCUCUUCAACUAAUAUAAAGAAACAAAAUAAGCAGAAAUGAAAUAAAUUGUCUUUGUUUUCUAUGGUUCCAAAAUAGGUGUACAAAUGGGGUAAAUUUUUGGUUGAAUAGUAUUGUUUUUUUCUGAAAAUGACGUAAAACAAAUAUUUUUUCGUUAUUUCUGUGACAUUUUUUUAUUAAUAGUAAAUUUGAAGCUUUCCAUUGCCUUUGAAAUAUUACUGUUUAGCCGACCCUAUGCCUCCUUUAUAACGAUGUUCUAACUUGAUUUUCCAUGAUGACUGAUGUUUGUUGAAAAACAAAGCAAAAUUGUGACUUCCUGUGAUCUACUCCUGUCUGAGAUUUACUCCCCUACUUGUAGGUAUUGUUAUUUUAUAUGUGCCAAAUUUGUAUUUAACCAACAUGUGUACAAUAUAUUUGGAUUGUUUUGCAAAACAUGUUUUUCCUGAAAUGUUUAUUGAAACUUUUGGCUUCUGCUUAAAUAAAUAUAUCAAAAUAAGCUGUAAAGUGAAAAUGUCCAACUAUUUCUACUUUACACCUUAUUUAGGUAUAUUAAUUGUAUGUUUAAAUACUAUGUGCAGAAGGAUAUGUGAAACAUUAAUUGACAAACUUAUGCCUUCACUUCCAUGCACCAGAUCUGCUGUGUUCAUGUAUUAGGCUUUACACAUAGUGUAACGGUAUUUUGGGAAUAAAUAUUAACACAAGUGUUAUUAUAUUGCCACUUAGUGCUAUUUUAUAGAUGCAAUUGUACGGAAAGUUAAUAAAAGUAAUCUGGA